CCGCUGUGACCACACUCCGCUCGACACCAUGACAACCGCGGCAAACGCACGGCGAGCCCCCGGCCCUGCCGCUACACCAAUCAGGGAGGAGUGAGCAGAGCACUGCAACCUGUGUGGGGUGAGACGAGCGCAGGAUAACAGAACAGAGCUAGAACACCACAGACACCCCUUCUUACAGAGAGAGAGAAGGUACCCAGCCAUUUAUCAGUCUCUUAUCUGAUGCUAGAGAAAACCUCCUGGAUUAUCAGUGGUGCUCUUGUUAUUUUACCCCGCAGUGGGGAGGAGUAUAGGGAUGGAGAUUCUGGGUAAUCAGCCUUCCCUGUUCCCGAUUCGAGUUCUCUGCUCCAUGGUGGGAGCUGAGAGACGUCUCUUGGAGCCACAGCCACCGACCAUGAGGAUUGGAUAAGAAUCCCACCAAUUCUAACAGGAUCACCCAAUCACCAUAAAAAAAUGAUCUAGAAGUAAUCAGAAAAGGGACAGACUGGUAGGGAAACAUAAAGAAAUAGAGAAUGUAGAAAAUCUGCAUCAGAUUCCAAUCUCCCAGUAGGUCGUGAGUGACGCUGACUGUGUGCACAUGAUGAAUCCCAUGGCCCAGCUGUACUACAAGAAGGCGAGCUACUCACCGUACCGCGACCGCAUCCCGCUGCAGAUCGUGCGGGCGGAAGCGGAGCUGUCAGUUGAGGAGCGGGCGUACCUGACGGCGGUGGAGAAGGGCGACUAUGCCGGGGUGAAGCUGGCCCUGCAGGAGGCGGAGAUCUACUACAACAUCAACGUGAACUGCCUGGACCCGCUGGGGCGCAGCGCGCUGCUCAUCGCCAUCGAGAACGAGAACCUGGAGGUGAUGGAGCUGCUGCUCAACCACGGCGUGCACGUGGGCGACGCGCUGCUCUACGCCAUCCGCAAGGAGGUGGUGGGCGCCGUGGAACUGCUUCUGUCCCACCGCAGGCCCAGUGGAGAGAAACAGGUGCCCAACCUGAUGAUGGAUACCCAGUUCUCAGAGUUUACCCCUGACAUCACACCCAUCAUGCUGGCAGCUCACACCAACAACUACGAGAUCAUCAAACUGCUGGUCCAGCGCAAAGUCACCAUCCCCCGGCCACACCAGAUCCGCUGUGACUGCGUGGCGUGCGUGUCCAGCUCCGAGGUGGACAGCCUGCGCCACUCCCGCUCCCGCCUCAAUGUCUACAAGACCCUAGCCAGCCCGUCCCUCAUCGCCCUGUCCAGCGAAGACCCCAUCCUGACCGCCUUCCGUCUGGGCUGGGAGCUGAAAGAACUGAGCAAGGUGGAGAACGAGUUCCGUCAGGAGUACGAGGAGCUGUCCCAACAGUGUAAGCUGUUUGCCAAGGACCUGCUGGACCAGGCCAGGAGCUCCAGAGAGCUGGAGACCAUCCUCAACCACCGUGACUACCUCAGUGAGGAGCUGGACCCAAAGGACUGCCGCGACCUGGCCAAGCUCAAACUGGCCAUCAAGUACCACCAGAAAGAGUUUGUGUCCCAGCCAAACUGCCAGCAGCUCCUGGCCACCCUGUGGUACGACGGUUUCCCUGGGUGGCGCAGACACCACUGGGCGGUUAAGCUGGUCACCUGCUUUACCAUCGGCCUGCUCUUCCCCAUCUUCUCCCUGGUCUACCUGCUGGCCCCUAGGAGUGCCCUGGGCCUCUUCAUCAAGAAGCCCUUCAUCAAGUUCAUCUGCCACACAGCCUCCUACCUGACUUUCCUUUUCCUCCUCCUCCUGGCCUCCCAGCACAUCGUGAGAACAGACCUGCACGUCCAGGGCCCACCACCCACCGUGGUGGAGUGGAUGAUCCUUCCCUGGGUGCUGGGCUUCAUCUGGGCUGAGAUAAAGGAGAUGUGGGACGGCGGCUUCACUGAGUACGUCCAUGACUGGUGGAACCUGAUGGACUUUGCCAUGAACUCUCUCUACUUGGCCACUAUCUCACUAAAACUAGUUGCUUACUUCAAGUACAACAGCUCUCGGCCGCGGGAGGAGUGGGAGAUGUGGCACCCAACGCUGAUAGCCGAGGCCCUGUUUGCUAUCGCCAACAUCUUCAGCUCCCUGCGCCUCAUCUCCCUGUUCACAGCCAACUCCCACCUGGGACCUCUGCAGAUCUCCCUGGGACGCAUGUUGCUGGACAUCCUCAAGUUCCUCUUCAUCUACUGCCUGGUGCUGCUGGCCUUCGCCAACGGGCUCAACCAGCUGUACUUCUACUACGAGACCAAGGCCUCGGACGAGCCCAACAACUGCAAGGGGAUCCGCUGUGAGAAGCAGAACAACGCCUUCUCUACGCUGUUUGAGACGCUGCAGUCCCUGUUCUGGUCCAUAUUCGGCCUGCUCAACCUGUACGUGACCAACGUGAAGGCACGCCAUGAGUUUACAGAGUUUGUGGGAGCCACCAUGUUCGGUACCUACAACGUUAUCUCCCUGGUGGUGCUGCUCAACAUGCUCAUCGCCAUGAUGAAUAAUUCCUAUCAGCUCAUCGCUGACCAUGCGGACAUUGAAUGGAAGUUUGCCCGUACCAAGCUGUGGAUGAGUUAUUUCGACGAGGGAGGAACUCUCCCUCCGCCCUUCAACAUCGUCCCCAGCCCCAAGUCAGUGUGGUACCUGUGUGUGUGGACGUACAACCGCCUGUGUGGAGGGGACCAGCCCAGCCCUGACGACCUGAGGAAACACGAGAACUUAAAGGAGUUCACGGAGCGUCAUGCUGACAACCUGAUUCAGAACCAGCACUAUCAGGAGGUGAUCAGGAACCUGGUAAAGAGGCAUGUAGCAGCCAUGAUCCGCAGUGCUAAGACAGACGAGGGACUGACUGAGGAGAAUUUUAAGGAGCUGAAGCAGGACAUCUCCAGUUUCCGCUAUGAGGUGUUGGAUCUGCUGGGGAACAGGAAGCCCCCGCGGAGAACCUAUUCAUCCAGCAGUGAGGCCACUCAGCAGGACGAGGCCAACAAUGAGGGGGAGGGAGGGGCCGGACAGGGUCAGUCCAGGGACCAAGGGGCCAAGGGGGUGUCCUUCAGCAUGUCAACCGCUGAGAGGAAGAGCAAGGACUCUGGAUUCAGUGUCUCUGCCCUCUUUAAGUCCAUGUCAGGGGUGGAGGGGCCAGUGGACAACAAACCAAAGUGCAACGGGCUGCGGUUCUCCUCCUCCUCCCCUUCAUUUGCUGUGUUCAGCCGCACUGGUGGCCAGCUGCAGCGCUUCUCCAAGUCCAAGAGAGACUCCAUCAGGCGGCUGGGUCUGCUCUUCUCCCGCAUGAACGGACACGUCCCAGAGCACAGGGCCCCUCCUCCCUGCAUGCACCAGCCCACCUACAGCAUCUCAGAUGGCCUACUUCAUCAGCCCACAACCUGGCCGGACGUCCAUAUCGCCCCCGAUCCCCAGGUUACAUACAGCCAGUUCCACCUGGACCGGCUGGGGGUGAACCUGAAAGAGCUACCCCAGGCCCCUACCCAGGCCCAGGCCCCUACCCAGGCCCAAGCCCCUACCCAGGCCCCACCCCAGCAGGCUAACGGGAGUGACAGCCUGCUCCUACGGCCCCCGAGCCUCUCCCUGCCGCCCCCAGGCCCCUCUCUGCCGACCCCGGGUCACUCCCUACCGCCCACGGGCCUCUCCCUGCCACCCCUGCACUGUGCUUCUGGCAUCAGGGCCUCCAGCAUCAGGGCCUCCAGCUCCCAGGCUGUCCUCCUGGGCUCUAGUGAGGACAUGUAUGAGUCCUGGAUAGGACCUUGUGAUGAGCUGGACUCUUCAGAGUGGUGGGCUGAGCAGGACUCCAUCACCACACAGCUUUAGAGUCACCCGCCACCCCCAGAAUAAUGUAGGACAGCAAACUACAAUAUGUUCAGGUCACACUGCUGAGGACAGAGAAAAAAAGUGUCUGACACAAGUAUUCAAAACCCAGGACUAAUUUUCUCAAAGAUAUCAUAGGAAGAUUCUAAACAUAUAAUGAAAAAAAAAAAUAACGUUAUUUCUUGCAAUAUAACUACGUUUGCAUACUGCCACCUACCUGUGAUGCUUAGAUCUUUGUUUGCGGAUUGUAAGUUCACUAUCCUCUCUCAACACGUGUUCUCAUACAGUUUCGGCCCAGUUAAUUCUAUUUUACCUAUCAAAUUAUCACUGAGAUAAGGGGGUCAUGUACACAGGUCAGCUAUUACCAUUGUCCAAACUUCUACUCUCUUACAAAUAUGUUUAAUCUCUUGUUGCAAGUAUUUCUAUUGUCUUUUAGCAGACUGUUUUGCCAGGUAGUGUGCCACAUACAAAUGCCAGAUGUCCUCUAUACAGUAGUGUGUUCCUUUUGGUACAUCAUAACCUAAACAUGGAUGGUUAAUAUCAUGGUGGAAUAUGUUUAUUUCAGGUUCAAUAUUCUAGUUGUUUUUGGACAAUUAACUAAGAAUUACUGUCCUCUGUUUUUCCAUGAAAGGUCUCUUUUUCUAUAGUUUCUUGGAAAUAAGCCACUACCCAUUUUUGGUUAUUGAGACAGGAAAUGCAUGAUAUUAGUAGGGGUAGGUUUAUUUAUCCAUAGUUUUAAUGUGUUUAUUUAUAGUCUCAUUUACUUUGGACAAGAUGGUUAUGAAUUAUAAUACUCAAGAUCAAUUUGGCAGAGGACCCCUACGCAAACAAUGUUUCAUAGUUGUUGAAAACAAGCUUGUAUACAAAUACACAUUUUUAUUUGAUAAUUAGAUUAAGUGUUAUCUAUUCAAAUAUAUUAAACCAUAUUUGACUGAUUCUUCAGAGAACUAGGAUUCCAAGACUGAACUGUCCAAAAUGUUGAAAUAGCUAUACUCUGGGCUAUUAGUGACAACUCAAUGCAUUCGCUAGUUGCAGUAUUCAGGACUCACCUUAGAUAAUGUACCAUCCCAUCAAUUCAAAAUGAACAGUUUAGUAAUUGCAUUUGAUCUUUUGACCAAUUCGAUCAGCUAUUUUGCCCAUAAUUGGGAAAGAUCAGAAUUUGGCUGCCUGUGUAAACACAGCCAAGCUCAGUGAACAAAACUGCCUGAGUACCAGUGAGCUAGCACUCUCCAUGGUGCUGAUUAUGACAGGAAGGGUAGCAGCAACAUCGGUCUUGUGUGCUGUCCAGGGUCCUGGCCCUCAGAUACCAUCAUCGAACCAAAUGACUUCUCUAAAGCAGGGCUCUCCAACCCUGUUUAUGGUAAAUGUUCCCUCCAGUCCUAAUCAAGUGCACCUGAUUCUAAUAAGAAGCUGGUAGAUAAGCUUAAUCAGGUUAGUUAAAAGAUUCUUGAAAGUUGGGGACAAUCCUUGUCCGGCAGGGAAACUUUAUUUUAUAGGUGAAUUUGAUAAAGGAAAACAUUUUUUGUAAUUUGUAAAAAUAUUUUUAGUAUUGUUAAUUUCCCUGUCAGGCUCUGUGCCAGGAAAUGCCGCAGUCCUGUAGGAUCAAAAUGUCUAACUCCCCACAAAAGUGUUGAAAAUUUUGUUUCUUGCAAUAGCCCUCUGAUUAAGGAAUAUUUUUCUCAAAACUGUGACUCCUAAAAAACUCAAAAUGAAUCAGAAAUGAGCAGGGUUAGCUAUACCAUCUCCUGAUUACAGGUAUUGCUACAAGACAAGGUAACCCAUACAAAUUAAAUGGAAGUAUGGAGGUAGUUGCCAUUUAUAAAAGUGUUAUUCAAUUCUAUGAGCUAUAGUGGUAAAGGCUAAAUUCAAUAUUUUAUCAAAUAGGUUUAUGAUCCAUGGUAUGACCAUCUUAAAACAAUUACAUAUGUUAGCUUAGUAGAAGCCUCAAAGGAUGAGACGAGCCAACUUUCAAAACAAGUCCUUUUUGGCUAGCCACAGCAGUAAACUAGCAAGCUAGGCAGCUGUUCAGCGUUGUAGUACAUUCACUAAUUUGUUUGUAAACAAUUAAGCUAGUUAGCUACCACGUCAUGUUCUUGUCAACCAGUCAGAGGAGCUAGCAAGUAACAAGAUAUGUCAAAAGUCUAAAAAACACUUCAGGGCAAAUAAAUCAGAUUUGACCGUCGCAUGCCCAGGAAUCAGAUUUAUGACUUCAAACCACCUAUGCUGAAAUGUGGCUUGAAAUGUCUGAUUCCAUGUGGCUUUUGACUGUUCAGACUUCAGGAAAAACAGAUUAAAAUCUGAUAUGACCCCCCCAAAAAUGUGGCUUUAGACAACUCAGUCUAUGGUUCAAAUAUGUUCAUUUUAAUUAGGUUUUAGAAUCAUAAAGCAACUUAGGAGAAACUAUAUUGCUACUGUGUAUACCACUUGAAUAAAAGUAGAAAAUAUGCAAUUUGUCAAAUCUGUAAAACAAACUCCGUCAGAGUGCUAAAAGAUCUAAUAGAACGUUUGUUUUUAAUUGGGGAUUUAAAUUAAUAAUUUUCCAUAUUUUACAAAUGUUUUUUUUUUCUUCUAUUGAUCUUGGAGGCAAAAAUAUGUCUGUUUUGAGUAGCUGUUGUCAACUCAGUCAGUAACUUCGGUCACUAAUGGCUAACCCCCUUAAGAUACAUUUGUCAAUACUUGAAUCACUGUUCUGCAACAUGCUUAAACUAUUAAAAUAUGUGUUGUGCUACACCUAA